UUUACUAAGCAACCACCAUGCAUCUUUUCCUCUCAAGGGGAGAACGAAUGAACGCAGUUUUCUGACACCAAAAUAUCAUAUUACCAAGCUAUCUGACAGUCGAUACUAUGUGCCCUCGUGUCCCAGGGUGUGUUGAAUAUAUCCCUGACCUAUGACUAGAUAUGAAUCAAGUCACGGAGUGAAUCAAGUCACGGGGGUGAGUGCAGUGUUGCAACUUUUUAUUACUGCCAAAGGAAUCGCCAGACUGUAAAAUUACAGGGCAGACAGCUGCACGACACAGCCUCGGCUGUGACUAAACAUUAGCUCAGCACAGUCACCCCCAUUUCUAGAGGCAGAGCACAGGGACAGAGGUCCCCCCAACGUCCUUGUCGUACGCAGCUGAGGAUAUUAAUACCUUUAAAAAACAACGAGAAGGUUUACCUAGAAAAGCAGGGGCACAGCACACUUCCUGUUUUCUAUGGAAGGAGUUUAAAACCUGCUUUUCUACUGGAUCACAUCCGUCUAAUCUUGUUUGUAGGUCUCAAACCUGGUACAGAUCCUCGCCAUGGGCAUCAUAAAAGGUUUCAGGGAGUCUUCAAUCCCUGUGAUUGUCGCCCUCGCUGUGCUACUACCCGCCAACAUCCUGAGUUGGGUCGCCUUCUCCACCACCUCGUGGGCCUACGUCAACAACACCAUGGUCAACUUCCAGGGCUACGGGCUGUGGCGGAUCUGCGCCACCUCAGGGUCCUGUUCGCUUCUCGAUGGCACUCGAAGUGAAUGGUACGCCGCCUUUCAGGCUUGUGGCGUCUUUGGUUUUAUGGGAAUCAAUGUCGCAAUGCUGCUGGUGAUUAUGUACAUGUUCGUGGAGUGGUGGGAGAAGGACGUGGAACUGAAAGUGGGAGCCAUUGCCAGUUGUUUCCUUGCAGUGGCCAGCUACAUAUCAGCAGUGGUGGUGUUCUCUCAGGAGAUCAGAGGCUGGCUCGCCACCUCCGCGGACUUGCUGCUGGGCUUCUCUCUGUGGCUGGCCGUGGCCGCCAUCAUACUGACUGCCAUCGCCGGAACUCUCCUGGCUGUUGAUCUCAUUCUGAACAUUCUGAACAUCCAAACGGUGACAAUCAGUAACAGCGGUAACAACAGCACCAUGACCGCCGCCAGCAGCAACAACUCUCAAGGCACCUCUUCAAAAGGAAAAACAAAGAGGAGAGUAACCCAGGGACCAGUCUAAGGGUGGACAAUUGUGACUUGAAAUAUUUUAAAAGGACACAGAAGUCAUGCACAUUCCUCAACAAUAUAAUAUCUUCGCGACAGGCAGGUCUACCAGUGAUAGUCUGUAGGACAUUUCUGUCAAAACCAGAAGUCUUCGAAAGUCAAAAAUUGAAAGGUUCUGAGGACUUAUUUGCUUAAGAAAUUUCUUUGCAAGUUUUUCUUUUUUUUUUCUUCUGCUAUAGCAGAAUAUUAUGUUGUUGAUGUUGUUCUGUUGUGCAAGGUUUUGUGUACGAGUGUGUUUGGUAGAUGAAGGGACUAGAGAGAAAUGUAUGGCACGUGCAUGUAGUAGACGUGAGUGCGUUUUCGCAUACGUGUGUCUGAGAGAGACAGAGAGAAAGAAGAGAGAGGGCGUUGAUCGAGUUCAUUUCUUCUUUGUAAAGCGCAGGGAGGAAUGAGUAAGCUACAUCAGCUUUACUAUUUACACAUUAUUAUUUCACAAAUACAUUUAUUUUUGAUACCUUUGUAAAUAUGGUCCUAAGUAUUCUUGUUUUUAUUAUGUUUAAAACUGUAAACAAAUCUUCAUCUUGAUAUUAAGGGUUAGGGUUAGGGUUAGUACCUGGGUACAGACUACCCAUGAGAUCUAAAUGAUAUUAAAAACACUUUUAAUAAUAUUACAGUAUAUAUUGCUCAAAAACAUCAACCCUUAUACUCACAAGAAAUUAUUUUAUGAAAAACUCAUAACUUUUGGCUUUUUUCUAUUAAAUAUACAUUCUAAAAGGAAAAAAAAAAUAAAAGGUAAACAAAAAAUUGUUAAGCAAGCUUUUAUUUGAAAUUACAAGGGGCCCGGAGAGGUCGUCCAUCCUGGGCCUGUGUUGGCGCUCGGCGGCCCUGGAUGACGUGAGAGAGAGAGAAUGAGAGUAAGAUUUUGUUAUUUUGUUAGAAGUUAUCAUACUGAUGUGAAGAUGAUGACAAUUGAUGGUAGUGUAUGAACAACUAGUGUUGGAAAAAAGUUUUUAAAGAAGAUGGAUAAAGUGACGUAUAUUUAUAUUAAAAAAAGAGAGGAAAUGAGACUUUAUUUUGCUGAUGGAAGGUAUGAUACUGAAAUAAUACUCUAAACACUUUACUUUUUAAUCGUGAGGCUGCUUGCCUCAGAGGGGUCCGAACCGGUGAUGUGCUAUUCUUGUCAUAGAAAGGGCUUAUAAAACAAGCAAAAUUGAUAUUAAAUCACAAAACCGUGUCA